CCUCUGCUGGCGUCCGCACCGCCCUGGCGGCGCAGGGGUGCGCCCUCCUCGCAAACAUGGUCGCUCUGGGGUUUGUGUUUGGGUUGGUGCUGUCGUUACUCUUGCCGGCCGACGCAAGUGCAGACGUUGGUUUUCGGUUUGCUUCCUACAUCGAUAAUUACAUGGUGCUGCAGAAGGAGCCUGCAGGGGCAGUGAUUUGGGGCUAUGGCGUAUCUGGAGCCACAGUGACAGUGACUCUGUGCCAAGAUCAGGAAACCAUCAUGAAGAAAGUGACCAGUGUUAAAGCACCCUCUAGUAGCUGGAUGGUGGUAUUGGACCCUGUGAAGCCUGGUGGACCUUAUGAAGUUGUAGCCCAACAGACUUAUGGGAGGAUGAACUUCACCCUGAGAGUUCAUGAUGUCUUAUUUGGAGAUGUCUGGCUUUGCAGUGGGCAAAGUAACAUGCAGAUGACGGUUUCACAGAUAUUUAAUGCCACAAGCGAGUUGUCUGACACUGCCGCCUAUCAGUCUGUGCGCAUCCUCGCCGUGUCCCUCAGUCAGGCCCUGCAAGAGCUGGAGGACCUUGCUGGGGUUGACCUGCGAUGGUCUAAGCCUACCUCAGAAAACUUGGGCCAUGGAGAUUUUAAGUACAUGUCAGCAGUGUGCUGGCUCUUUGGGCGUUACCUGUACGACACUCUGCAGUAUCCCGUUGGGCUGAUCGCCUCCUCCUGGGCUGGGACGCCCAUUGAAGCCUGGUCAUCUGAAAGGUCACUGAAAGCCUGUGGGGUCCCUAGGUUCAUACCAUCUGAUUUUGAAACCGGUCCCAGUGAAAACUCUGUUCUCUGGAAUGCCAUGGUCCAUCCACUACAUAACAUGACUCUGAAAGGGGUGAUAUGGUACCAGGGGGAAUCCAAUAUAAAUUUUAACAGGGACCUGUACAAUUGUACGUUCCCUGCGCUGAUCGAAGACUGGCGCCAAACCUUCCACCGUGGCUCCCAGGGGCAGACAGAACGCUUCUUCCCGUUUGGAUUUGUCCAGUUAUCUUCAUUUCUGUCUGGUGCAACCUCCAGUGAUGGACUUCCCCACAUUCGAUGGCAUCAAACAGCAGACUUUGGCUACGUUCCCAACCUAAGGAUGCCCAACACUUUCAUGGCUGUAGCUAUGGAUCUCUGUGAUAGGAAUUCACCUUUUGGCAGUGCCCACCCUCGAGAUAAACAGACGGUGGCCUACAGGCUGCACUUGGGGGCCCGCGCCGUGGCGUAUGGGGAGAAGUUGACCUUCCAAGGACCACUGCCUCAGAAGAUGGAACUUUUGGCCGACAGGGGGCUGCUUAACCUCACAUAUUCCCAGCAAAUCCUGGUGCAGAGGCAGGACAAAAAGAUAUUUGAGGUCUCAUGUUGCAGUGACCAGCAGUGCAAGUGGCUUCCAGCUCCCAUGGACACUUUCUCCACUCAGACCUUGGCCCUGGAUAUCACAUCUUGUCAGGACACCCUGGUUGCUGUUCGCUAUGCCUGGAGCACAUGGCCUUGUGAAUAUAAACAAUGUCCCUUGUACCACCCCACCAGUACCCUGCCAGCUCCUCCCUUCACUGCUUUCAUUACAAACCAGAUUCCUGAUGAUCUCAGCAAGGGGGCAAAUGAUUUCAAUGCAUUAUGAUCACAUCCUGCUGUAAGUAUGGAUCCUUAUUUGGGCAUUUAGGAAUUUAAAUGACGACUGUCAUUUUUAAUGGAAAUUAACAGAACUGUCUCAUUGACAGCACCCAACUAGCACAUGGUUGUUUCUAUAUUCUGAGAUGCCAAGGCUGGUAGGCAAAUGAAAUGCUUGCCUUCUGUCCUUCAAUGAGGCCAGGUAUCUGUAUUAGACUUAAUUCUGAACUGCAAACAACUUGAAUCUCAAUGUCAUUCACUUCCUUAAUUAUUGGGAGUGAAAUGUCCUAACACUUUUGUCCCCUUACAUCCAGGGCAUGGAAACUCAGGGUUGGAAGAGAUUUCAAGGCUAUGGAAGAAGCUAGCUGGUAUUUAUGUGUUUUCUACCAAAUAUGACAAAUGGUUAUCAAAUCUCUGUAUAAAAUUUCCAUUUUAAACUUGCCCAGUUUUUCCUCAUGUGGAACUGAAAUCUUUCUCUUUACAGCAGUCUUUCAGAGAACUGAAGAUAGCUCUGUUUUGUUCUAAGCCAAAUAGUUCUGUUCCUUCACUCUGAAUAAUGAUGAUGUGAAUGUUUAAACAAACCAGAACCGGAGUUUCCCUCGUGGCUCAGUGGUUAACGAAUCUGACUAGGAACCAUGAGGUUGCAGGUUCGAUCCCUGGCCUUGCUCAGUGGGGUAAGGAUCCGGUGUUGCCGUGAGCUGUGAUGUAGGUUGCAGACACGGCUUGGAUCCCGAGUUGCCGUGGCUCUGGCAUAGGCCGGCGGCUACAGCUCCGAUUGGACCCCUAGCCUGGGAACCUCCAUAUGCAGCGGGAGCGGCCCUAGAAAAGGCAAAAAAAAAAAUAAAAUAAAAAAAAAAUAAAACAAACCAGAACCAUGUGUGGGCCUUUGGGAGGCACUAAGGGACUGCCUGGGGAGGGAAGUGCAAGGGCAAGGUGGUAGCUGCCCAGUGAGAACCACGUGACAGUAUAGGUCACUGAGAGGCAAAUACAGACACCAUGCUCUUUAGAUGGAAGAGAGUUUAACUACAAAAAGGCUAAUCCAGAUGGAAGAACAAAGUGAGGCUGAAAGUAAAGCAUUUAGACAAAUAAUCCAGAUGGGACAAUGUGAAAGGGGCUUUUGCGUAUACUGUUAAGAAUCAUUAUGCUAUAUACUGGUUGAUUAAGACAGCUAAUGGCACUUGAUAACUGUAAUCUGCAAAAAGUUGAAAAUAAAAGUAUAAUCAUUA